AUGGAGUUCCUCAAACACCUGCAAACCGACUUCUUCAAGCCCAUCUUCAACUUCAUGAUCAAGCUAUUCGAUCUGAAAACUAAAUGUUGCCUGUUUUAUUCAAAUGUAAGAAAUUACAUUCCCGCAAGUCGCCCUCUAGAAGUUGGAAACUGGAGCUUCACAUCCAUCUUAUUACUUUCAGCAACAUACUGGGUACCGAAUCAACACAUCCAGACAAGAGAAAGAAUGAGAGCAGAGCAUCUUAGUGAUGCUUCCACUCAAGUUGAGACAGCGUCGUCGGCCUCGGCCCCGACGUCAAUAUCCACUCUUCCAAUGGAAAUCAUCGAGAGGAUUGCUCAAUGCGUCGACGUUCGAGUAGUAGAUGAUAUAUACGCACUAUCUCGAACGUGCAAAGGCUUUUAUCAUUGCUGCAUCCUCAUCUAUCACAAAAGGGUGGUUGACAGACACCCCUAUCUACUCAACUGGGCCACCGUACUCGGCAGAAUUGAUCUCAUGAAGAGAUUCCUCAAGGCGGGAGCAAGCCAGAAUGCAAAGAUUCGCAAUAUGGAACUUGCCAGUCGACUACUGUCCUAUCCGCCGUUUCUUGUUAGUCCGACGAACAUCUUUCGGCGGUUCUUUUACCAGGAAUUUGACGAGAUUUUCGUGACGCGUUGUCACAAAAAACCGGCUGUCAAAAUACACCGCCUCCGACGAGCAAUGCCCGACGAACUUUGUCUGACGCCGCUCAGUAUCGCUGUCCAUCAAGCCAACUACGAAGCCUUCACCUUGCUGUGCAACCACAAACCCAAUUGGAAAAUACUACUCAAUCCUGAACUUCUCGACGCAGAAGGAAAGACACGCGGGGUAUAUUGGCGUCUCUGCGACAUGGCUCUUGACCACGACGACGAAGAGAUGCUGCUGAGAGUCUUGCCAACAGUGCUAGCAAUGGACUUGGGUUAUCUCGUCCGAUUCUACACGAGACUGACGCUGGCAAGCCUCAUGAAUCAUGAUUUCUUGAGGGUGGCGGCGCUCUUCCUUCGACACUUAUCCUUCAACAACUACUACAUGGUCAUUGGCAAUUAUUUUUUCUUUGGCGCCGACGUCAAUGUAAGAUGGACGUACAUGGAUGGCCGAACCGCUCUGAUGCAUGCCUUAUAUCUGUCAAUCAACAAGAAAAGACGGCCAGACUUCUUUGCGGAUUGGGCUGCCUUACUAGUUCAUCACGGGGCCAAUGUUGACGACGACCGCGGCUUGGGACACACGCUUCUCAUAGAGGCCUGCUACAUGGGCAUUUUUGACCAGGCGCGUGUCCUCCUCUCGAUCGGAGCUUCGCCCACUACGGCAUUCAUUCGCGCCGGCUGUCCUGUAUUGGUUCAACGGUCUCUCUCGCAGGGCGGCGUGUUCCACAUGAGGUGCAACGGCAACGGUCUUCAGGUCCAGGACUUCACGCCCCUUGAGAUCGCGUGUCUGCCGAGUAUGCACGCCUUUUCAUAUGGGUUGUUACGUUAUUCCGCGAGAGGCGACGCCCAAGCAGAGGCGAGAUACCAGAUCUGGCACGCGUCGCGGUUGGCAUUCGUAAAGUCCAUAGCACCGACUUUGACUGGGGCUUUUGGUCAACUGAUCCUACGGACGGCCUUGUCUAUCGCAGCUGAGGGUCGGGAGGUAGACCUUGUCCGCGCCCUGCUGGAGGCUGGUGCAGGCCUUACCGGUGGACGUUGGCUGUCCUUGGGUAGGAUCGGACACUUGCCUCCACUUGUUGUUGCUCUGCGUACAUCGGAGGUCUUUAGGUACGAGCGUGGUCACGCUGAGAAGACGGCCAGACUGCUACUUGAAAGCGGGGCGGAUGUGAGGGAUUUGGACGAGUUUCCGGACGCCCUGUGGAAAUUUGAUCAGAUCUUUGGGAUUCCUGCCUCUGAUUACAAACGGCCGGAACGAUAG